AUGUUAAGGGUAACCUUUCUGCUGCUGAUGGUGACUGCCGCCCUGGCUCUCAUGAAUGUGCUGUUUUUGGUGUCAGAUGACAUGAGGCCUGAACUCUCCAUUUUUAAAGGAAAAGACUUCCCGAGUCCUGUCCAUCCUCCGAUACAUUCACCCAACCUUGACGCCCUGGCUCGAAGGAGUCUUCUGUUAAAGAGAGCCCAUGUUCAGCAGGCUGUGUGUUCCCCGAGCAGAUCAUCUCUCCUCACAGGACGAAGACCGGAUACUACCCAUGUGUAUGAUUUGCAGGUUUACUGGAGAGUUGUGGGAGGGAACUUCACCACCAUACCUCAGUACUUUAAGGAGAACGGCUACAGAACCAUUGGUUCCGGUAAGAUAUUUCACCCCGGACAUGCCUCCAAUUACAACGACCCCAUAUCCUGGACAGACCCAUAUUUUGAGGCAGGACAGGAAGCCAAUGCGUUUACUAAUAAAAAACAUGCCAGCUGGUUUAGUGUGCCGAUGGAUCUUCUAAAGAACAACUCCCUUCAAGACACCCAGAAUGCUGACUUUGCCAUUAAUAUGAUCAGAGAGGCUGCUCCCCAAGCCAGAUCUGGAGAACGUCCUUUCUUCAUUGCACAAGGUUUCCAUAAGCCCCAUCUUCCCUUUGUGGCGCCACAGAUGUUCUUUGAUAUGUACCCCGAGUCGUCUAUCAGUCUCCCAGCCAACCCAUACGCUCCUGAUAAGAUGCCAGAAAUUGCAUGGUCUAAUUACAUAACAACAGAGCUUGGGAAAUUCGAAGACAUUGCAAAAUUAAAUGCUUCAGGAGACAUUAACUCCACACUCCCUAACGAUGUUAUCCUCAAAUUGAGGAGAGCCUACUACAGCGCCCUCAGCUACACCGACUACGAGCUGGGACGAGUGGUCAAGGAACUGGAGAACCAAGGGCUGGCCAACAACACAAUCAUCUCCUUCUGGGGCGAUCACGGCUGGCAGCUGGGUGAACACGGUGAGUGGUGCAAACACACGGACUUUGAAAUCGCCACCCACGCCCCUAUGAUGGUACAUGUGCCGGGUCUCACUGACAACGGCAUCGUGACGGAAGAAGUGACCGAGUUUGUGGAUCUGUUUCUAACUCUAGUCGAAGCUGCAGGUCUUCCUGUGCUUGACUUGUGUCCAGAAAACUCUACCAAUGUCCUUCUUUGCACCGAAGGCAAUAGUUUGAUACCUCUAAUAACAAACCCAGCAAGUCCCAACUGGAAGAAGGCUGUGUUCUCCCAGUACCCUAGGAAUGAAAGCAACGGUGAUCAAAUGGGCUACAGCAUGACCACCGAUCACUACAGAUACACAGAGUGGGUCAAAUUCAACCCACAACCCCUGUACAGGCCAGACUGGACCCAAGUGUUCGGUGUGGAACUGUAUGACCAUUAUCAGGAUCCUGAGGAAAACAAGAACCUGGCGUAUGAUUCCGCCUUCAGCGCCUUGGUGGCUCAACUCAGCAAACAGCUACAUGCUUGCUGGAGGGCAGCUAGACCCAAGUAG